UUGGGCAAACACACACACACAAGUCAGGAACUUCAGGAGCCUGGAGGAGAGGUGUAACCAGAUCCUCAGGAACAUGGAGGCCUCCCUGACAGCCCGGGAUCGCGUGGGCAUCCAGGAUUUUGUUCUCCUGGACGCCUACACAAGUGAGAGUGCCUUCCUGGACAACCUGAGGAAGCGCUUCCACGAGAAUCUCAUCUAUACUUACAUCGGGACUCUCCUGGUGUCGGUCAACCCAUAUAAAGAGUUGGACAUCUACAGCAAGAAGCAAAUGGACACUUAUAUGGGAGUUAACUUCUUUGAGCUACCACCUCAUAUCUAUGCGCUGGCAGACAACGUCUUCCGCACCAUGCAGUCUGAGUUCAACAACCACUUCAUCCUGAUCUCGGGGGAGAGUGGGGCCGGGAAGACAGAGGCUUCCAAGAAAAUCCUUCAGUUUUACGCCGUGAGCUGUCCAAGUACCAGACUCCUGAACAAUGUCCGGGACAGACUGCUCCUCUCCAAUCCAGUGCUUGAGGCUUUCGGAAAUGCCAAAACCCUUAAAAAUGACAACUCAAGCCGUUUUGGGAAAUACAUGGACAUCCAGUUUGACCACCAGGGCGGCGCAGUUGGUGGUCACAUCCUCAGUUACCUGCUGGAGAAGUCUCGAGUCGUCCACCAGAACCACGGGGAGAGAAACUUCCACAUAUUCUACCAGUUGGUGGAAGGAGGAGACGAAGAACUGCUCCGCUGGCUCGGCCUUGAGAGGAACUGCAAACAGUACCGUUACCUGGUGCAGGGGGAUUGUGCCAAAGUUAGCUCUAUCAAUGAUAAAAGAGACUGGAAGACGGUGCAGAAAGCCCUCUCAGUCAUAGAGUUCAAUGAGAGCGAUAUUGAGCACCUGUUUGGAAUUAUUGCCAGCGUGCUCCACUUGGGAAAUGUCAAGUUUGAAGCAGAUGCUCGAGGAUACGCCACUGUCACCAACAACCAGGAGAUGCAGUGGGUGUCAAAGUUGCUGGGGAUUCCUAGUCAGGUGUUACAACAGGGCUUGACCCACAGGAAGAUUGAAGCCAAAGCAGAGGAGGUGUUCAGCCCCUUCUCUGUGGACCAUGCAGUAUAUGCCAGGGAUGCACUUGCCAAAGCCAUCUAUGGCCGCACAUUCAACUGGCUGGUCAACAAGAUCAAUGAGUCAUUAGCUAACAAGGAUUCCUCCAGGAAGACGGUGAUCGGUUUGCUGGACAUCUAUGGUUUUGAGGUUUUCAGUGUGAACAGUUUCGAACAGUUUUGCAUCAACUACUGCAACGAGAAGCUGCAGCAGCUUUUCAUCCAGCUGACGCUCAAAUCAGAGCAGGAGGAGUACGAGACGGAAGGAAUUGAAUGGGAACCAGUGCCAUAUUUCAACAACAAGAUAAUCUGUGAUCUGGUGGAGGAGAAAUUCAGGGGAAUCAUCUCGUUAUUGGAUGAGGAGUGUUUACGCCCUGGAGAGGCCACAGAUCUCACAUUCCUGGAAAAGAUGGAGGAAAAGAUCGGUGGUCAUCCUCACUUUGUUUCACACAAACUUGCAGACCAAAAGACAAGGAAAACACUGGAAAGAGGAGACUUCCGCCUCUUGCAUUAUGCUGGAGAGGUGACAUACUGUGUUGUUGGAUUUUUGGACAAAAACAAUGAUCUUUUGUAUCGAAAUGGGAAAGAGGUCAUGAGACAGUCCAAGAAUGCCAUCAUCAAACUUUGUUUUCCUUCUACUGAACCGGAUAGCAAGAAGAGACCUGAAACUGUGGUGACCCAGUUUAAGAGUAGCCUGGUGGGCUUGACCGAGAUCCUAAUGUCCAAGGAGCCGUGGUAUGUUCGCUGCAUUAAACCCAAUGAAGCCAAGCAGCCAGGACACUUUGACGAUGUGUUGGUGCGGCAUCAGGUGAAGUACCUCGGGCUGAUGGAGCACCUGAGGGUCAGACGUGCCGGGUUUGCUUACCGUCGCAAAUACGAGAUCUUUCUCCAGAGGUAUAAGCCUCUGUGUCCAGACACCUGGCCCAACUGGAAAGGUACUGCAGCAGAGGGCGUGCUGUGCCUGAUUAAACACCUGGGCUAUAAACGCGAUGAGUACAAGAUGGGCAGGACAAAAAUUUUCAUCCGACACCCGAGAACUCUGUUUGCAACGGAAGAUGCGUUUCAGGUCUGCAAGCAUAAGCUAGCAACGGCAAUUCAGGCCAAGUAUAAAGGCUACAGGGUGAAGGGAGACUACCAGAAACAGAAAGAGGCAGCCACCAAGAUUGAGACCUGCUGGAGAGGACUGAUGGCUAGGAAGGAACGUGAGAAGAGGGAAUGGGCUGUUAAGGUCAUCAAGAAGUUCAUCAAAGGUUUCAUAACCAGAAAUCAGCCAGCGUGCAUUGACAACACUGAGUAUCUGGCCUACGUGAGGCAGAACUACCUCACGCGGCUGAGGGAAAAACUUCCGAAGACGAUCCUGGAGAAAGACUCUUGGCUCACCCCUCCUCCUAUAAUGCAGGAGUUUUCCAAGCUCCUGAAGAAGAUCUACAUCCGCUACAUGGUCCGGAAGUACGUCAGAGCAAUCACGCCCCAGAGGAAAGCACAGCUUCUCUUGAAGGUACAGACGAGCUCCAUGUUCAAAGGGAAAAAAGAAAACUACCCCUUGAGUGUGUGCAGACCAUUCGCAGACACCAGGAUUAUUACAGAUGACAUAAACAUCAAAGUGCUUCAGCUAAUUCAACAUGAGCUCAUCAAGUACAGUGUGCCAGUGGUGAAGUACGACAGGAACGGGUUCAGGCCUCGUCUGCGGCAGCUCGUCUUCACCCAGAAAGCCGCCUACCUGAUCGAGGAAGCCAAGAUCAAGCAGCGGAUAGAUUACAGCUCUCUGAAAGGUGUGUCGGUCAGCAACCUGAGUGACAACUUCCUGAUCCUUCAUGUUACAUGUGAAGAUAUCAAACAAAAGGGGGAUCUGGUCCUGCAGUGCGACUACCUGUUUGAGGCCUUGACCAAGCUGAGUAUUAUUGCUAACAAGCAGAACUCCAUCAAAGUGGUCCAGGGGAGUGUGAGAUUUGACAUCCAGCCUGGAAGAGAAGGGUUUGUUGACUUCAAAAGUGGCCAGGAGUCCAUGGUGUACAGGGCGAGGAACGGCCAUUUGAUGGUGGAAUCGACGAGAACCAAGUCGAGAUGAAAAUGCCACCGUCGGGGGAUAAUGGUGCUCCUCUCAGUCUCAGAGUCUCGAACCACCUUGUAAUCAUGCUCAGUGGCUAUUGUUAAUAACACGUGUUUCAUGUCAGCCGAUUUUUAUUUUUGCAUCUUUGGAACAAUUCCACACAUCAAAGUAUAUGCUAUUAUCACACGCAGCUACUGCCAAUACCUUAGUCAUAGAGAGCGUAAAACGCAGCAGAGCCUUGCCAGGAUAUCACAGGCUCUGAUGGCUUCAGUCAUCUGUAUGUGAACAAACUGAUUCAUGGACGCAUUACUGAAAACAGAAGCACUUGUUGUCAUUUUAUGUAAUGAAACACUCCGUAGAAGAUAAGAACACAGAAAAUGAACACACUGUAUGCGCGUGAAGCCACGACUGAAACAUUUAUAAUACCUCACCCAUGUUGUACCUUUAUAUUAAAACAUGCUGAACUAUAA